AUGGACUUGCAGAAAUGUGAAGAUAACUUGCCGAUUAUAUCAGUUGUUAUUGCCAGGGAACAGGCCAAGUUUGAGCUUUUAGCUCAAGAACCAGAGAGAAUUGAAGUGGUAGAAAGUGAAUUUGAUUGGUGGAAGCCCACCAGCUCAGAUUCUGAGAGUGAUACCGAAGAGAAGACCCACGUGGAACUGUGCGUUAAAAGUGAGCGAUGUAAAAGUCUAUGGAGUCAUCUUUCUAGCCCAGAGAAGAAGAAGGUUUGUGAACUAAUUGGAUUCGUGGAGGGAGAGAAGAGGCCUGACAAGUCGAAGCAGUAUAUUGAACACAAACUAAAUCUAACACUGGCAAAUUGUUCUUUGACACUGAUGAAUCGCAGUAAAGAAGUACUGGUUGUUACUUUAACGCAAUUCUUAGCAUCAUUGGAAACUAGACCAUCAGCAAAGGCAUAUAAGUUGUCAGCCAGAGCUGAAAGCAUUGUAGUAGAAGGUGCCACAUCAGACGGUGAACUCGUCCCGCUACUGAGCGCUGAACGAACCCAAACACCAACCAGUGCCAACAUCUUAGCAGUGGACUACGAAAAAAAUCCAUGUAGCAUUGUGGAUGCUGACUACGGACUCUGCAUACUGAUGGAGCCAGUGGAACUAGUGUACAUUGAGCAUGCGUUCACGGAGCUGAUAAAUUUCUUCCAAACCCGGUCGAUGUCGCCGGAGGAGAUGGCCGAGGAGGUGGCGGCGGGGGCGGCGCGCGCGGGCCGCGUGGGGCGCGCGGUCGCCGCGUACGCGGUCACCCGCCGCAAGCUGUUCCACGUCAACGUGGACCUCAAGGGACCCUGUCUGGUACUACCCGAACACGGAUGCGUGCACAAGUGA